AUGGAACUCAAUCAAGAAGAACUUAAGAACAUACUUACCAUAUUUGAGAAGAUGGGAAUGGCACCAAAGAUUGAUAGCACGUCAGAUUUCAAAACUUGGCUCAGUGAUAUGUCCAAGCAAGAAGGUUCAUUCCAGGGACCCGACGUCAAGCCACCUCCUCCAUUAGCAUCAGCCAAGGAAGAACAGACGCCAACUGCUUCAUUUCACUAUUUCCCGAAGAUACCCUUCUUCAGUGGAGAAGUAUGUAAAGACACUCCCUAUGACUUGUGGCGCUUUGAAGCUGAUUGUCUACUGCAAUCUAAGACCUACCCGCACGAUGUCAUUCUGCAAGCUAUUAGGAAAUCUUUGAAAGGUGAAGCUGCUCUCAUAGCCAUGAAACUCGGACGGAAUGCUACAGUUGAAAUCCUGCUAACCAAGAUGAAGAGUGCCUUUGGAACCCUAAGGAGGAGAGCUACUCUCAUGUCUGAUUUCUAUAGUUGUUCACAAAGGGAGGAUGAAGAUGUCACUGCGUGGGGUUGUAGGCUUGAGAAUAUGUUAUACCAGAUAACAGAGCACCGGUCUAUUCCAGAGGAUGAACAGGAUGAGAUGCUAAGGACUCGUAUGUGGGAUGGCCUCAAGCCUGGAUUGAAGGGUGUAGCCGCUCACAAGUUUGAUGCCAUCACCAACUUUGAUGAUCUACGACUUUGCUUGAGGGAAAUAGAAUUUGAUUUAAGGAGAGACAAGUCCGCAGCACCUGUGAAGAAGCAGUCAGCCUCAGCUAAGAUGGUCAAUACCUUAAAUCCAUCUAGUGCUGCUUCCACUAAGGAGGAAGUCACAAAUCUCAAAGCUAUGAUGGAGGAGAUCCGGAGGGAGAUAUCUGAAUUGAAGGAACAGAGUCAGGUUCAGGCACAAGUUAAUCAACAGCAAAUUUACAACAGCCCAUACAGUACUCAAAGAUCUCACAAUAAGCGCGACAGACAUCCUGGAAACGUUUCCAAGCCACAAGUGGAAGAUGCUUAUCCCAGACGCCCUCUGCCAGCAUAG